AUGGCGCUCGUCACCGUCUCCGGCUUCCCGUGCGUCGGCAAGACGAAGCGGUCCCAGGAGCUCAAGGCCUACUUCGAGGACAAGCUCAAGGCUGGCGAGGGCGGUCCUAUCACCGCUGUCACGAUCGUGGACGAUGAGAGCGUGCACGUGACUCGAGCGAGCUACGAUGACUCUCCUAGCGAAAAGCCAGCACGGGCAGCGCUCUUCACGGCGGCCACGCGAAGUCUGAACCCGUCGACGAUCACCAUCCUCGAUUCCGCCAACUACAUCAAAGGGUUCCGAUACCAGCUCUACUGUGCAGCGCGGGAGGCGGGUGUGCGUGUCGCCACCGUGCAUCCCGUUGCUCCGCCGGAUAAGUGCAAGGGGUGGGAGGGGGAGCGGGGCAAGCUCUACAAGCCCGAGACUGAAGCUGACGUCAGAUUUGAGAACAUGAUGAUGCGCUACGAGGAGCCGAGCUCCAUGGCGCGGUGGGACAGUCCCCUCUUCGUCCUUCCUUGGGACGAGGAAGUCCCACUCGAGGAUAUCUGGCUCGCAGUCACGAAGGGCGAGAAGAAGCCGCCGACAAAUUCAGCGCAGCACAGGACGAAACCUCCCCCGAACACGAUGCAGAUCUUGACGGGCACGACGAGCACAAUCGUCCAGCUUAUCAUCUCGCACCUGCAGGCUGGAGGUGGUACGACGCUGCCCAUUCCUUCUCCGCCAGCUGCGGCAGGACUCGUGCUGAACCUCCCGCCGGCGAGGAAGCCGACACUCUCAGAGCUGCAGCGCUUGAAGCGCACGUACGAGAGCAACCAGAUGGCUGCGCAGAAGACUGGAUCCAAGGGCGCGGGGAUCUGGACUGAGGCUGGUGUCGCCUCUGGCUUCGUCACCUUCCUGCAGAUGAACUGGGGCACUGCGUAG